AUGCUAGCCAGAAGCAGGCCCAGCAGCCUCCCCUGGCUCCCCAAAGAUGCUAUCCCUUCACCACACUCACCCACACGCUUCACCCUCGCCGUAAAAGACAAUAUCGCCACGGCCGACGGACACACCACCACAACCUGCGGCUCGCCAUUCCUAUCCAACUACCGCUCCCCGUUUGAAGCAACCAUCGUCUCACAAUUGCGGGCAAGAGGCGGGCGUGUCGUGGGGAAGACUAAUCUGGAUGAGUUCGGCAUGGGGAGUCAUAGCGUGCACUCUGCUUUUGGGGCGGUCGCGCAGGACUCACCAGAACAAUUAGCGGGGGAUGUGAAGGCGUUGAGAUCGGCGGGUGGUUCCUCCGGCGGCAGCGCAGUGUCCGUGUUGUUGGGCGAAGCCGAUGUCGCGCUGGGGACAGAUACAGGCGGCUCUGUGCGGUUGCCGGCUGCGUAUUGUGGCGUGGUGGGGUUCAAGCCUAGCUAUGGGAUGCUUUCGCGGUUUGGGGUGGUGCCGUACGCCAAUUCCUUGGAUACGGUUGGCUUUUUGGCGAGGGAGGUACGCCCGAUUAGGGAACUCAUCGUUGGGGAUGGAACGACGCAAGGGCUUUGGGCUGAGCAUGAUCCAAACGAUCCGACUAGUUUAACUCCUUCCGCGAGGAAGCGCUGCGCCCGCUCGAGACAGUUCUACUCUCCGUCCCAGUCCCCCGACCCCUCAAUACUGAACGGCCUACGCCUAGGCCUCCCUCUAGAAUAUAACAUCCACGAACUUUCCCCCACCAUCCGUGACGCCUGGUCCCGCGCGGCCUCCCUUCUCCAGUCUCACUUUUCCGCUCGCAUCAUCCCGGUCUCCCUCCCCUCGACCCGGCACGCCCUCUCCGCAUAUUAUGUCAUCGCGCCCGCGGAAGCGUCCUCCAACCUUGCCAAAUAUGACGGUAUCCGGUACGGUGUGAGAGACACUUCCGUCGAGAACGACGCCGCUGCCGAUGGUGUAUUAUAUGCGUCGUCACGAGGCAAAGGUUUUGGUCCCGAGGUGAGGAGACGUAUCCUGCUGGGGGCAUACACACUCAGCUCAAAGGCAAUGGAUAACUAUUUCUUACAAGCCCAGCGAGUGAGAAGGUUGGUACGGCGGGACUUUGAUCGGGUGUUUGCGCUUCCCAACCCGCUGGUUGAUCCCGACCAGCAGGUGUUCGAUCUCUCUGACCUACCUGAGGGCACCAUCAUGGAAGAUAAAUGGGGACCAGAAGAGGUCGACUUCCUACUCUGUCCCACGGCACCGACGUUGGCGCCUACACUGGGGGAGGUCAUGGAGGGCGGGAGUCCGGUGGAUGAGUAUGUUAAUGAUGUGUUUACCGUACCAGCGAGUUUGGCGGGGUUGCCGGCGGCUAGCGUGCCCAUGCCUGUAGAGGGGGAAGGAGAAGGGAAGACGGCGGGGUUGCAGUUGAUUGGGCAGUAUUGGGAUGAUGCGAGGUUGCUGGCUGUGGCGGAGGUGAUCAGGGAAAUUUUGAGAGGGUAA